AUGAUAAUAGCACAGUAUUACUGUGCUAAACUACUUUGGUAUCUACUGAUAUGGAGAUGUGAAGCCACUUGUCACCCAAAUAACUUUUUGAGAUGUGAAGUUAGACAUAUAGAGAGGAUAAACAGGGAUUUUUACCAUAUAGAAGCAGAGUUUAGAGAUGGUAAGGUAGGAAAAUACUCAGAAUCCCAAUACACAUGGGAAAACCAACAACAUAUUCCUUAUGGCAAAGACGAUAAUGGCUACUUUUGCAGAGAUUCCUUUUAUAUAAGAGAAUAUAGAGAUCUACUGAUAAAUAAAAAUGCAUCUAUUACCUCGUUUUAUGGUCUGGAAUAUGAUGAAGAACACAAGAUGUCUGAGAAAUCAUCACAUGAGGAUGAUAUAUCCAUAGAAUCUCGUGCUUUAUACACUGCACUAAAGGAGAAUGAAUGGUAUAUAGAGACAUCUGCACGUCAGUACAGGUUAACUACCCUUCCUCUCAACGUAAAGGUGAUUUUAGAGGUCAAAAAUGUAGAUUCUAAACCUUCCAGCAAGUUUAUUCUACUAUUUCCAUAUCAUGAAGCCAUUCAUAUGGGUGACUUGGAAGUUUAUAACAAAGAUACAGGGAAUAAAUAUGCUACGCAAUUUCUCAAUUGUAUAAAUAGACCAUCCACAGAAUGCCAGUGGAAUACGCUACUUUAUAAUUCAUGGAAAUGGAGAUUUAAUGAGAAAUGUAUUUGUGCCCCUUUAGCUGUAUCCAUUACGUUUGAUAGGCAAAUUGAACCACAGGAAUUUAUUAAGAUAGUUGUAAACUACAAAUUAGGGCGCCCAUUUAGUACUCUGAAGGAUAACAUUGCCUUUGACGAUGAUCAGCGUGUUAUUUUUAGCACAAAUACCCAUUUAUUGAGUGGAUACAAAAUUGGAGAGCAACGCACUUACUAUUCGAUAAGCCACACGUCUGAUGUAGAAGUUGUAUCUUUGCAUUUAAAAGCGAAUGUUAGUGAAAUAAAGGAAAAGAUUUACAUGUCUGGUCCAUAUUAUCAUGUUUUUCCACUUUCGCUUGGAGAAUCUCUUACACUUCGGUUUCCUUACCCAUCAAGUUUAGAAUACAUUUCACAAGCUGUAAGGCAUGUUAGUAUAGGUAUUUGGAAUUACAGGGUUAAUGAAGAAUUUUUGGUAUUAAAUGAGGCAUCAGAGGCAAGGGAAUAUAAUGCCAAAUUAGCCAAGAUUUUCGAAAGAGAUUCUGCCAAGGGAACUGUGGAUACACAUCACUCAUUUUCAUUUGAGGCCGUAUUUCCACAAAGGGCUAAAAACUUUUACUUUUAUGAUACCAUUGGAAAUAUUUCAAGUGCAUACCUGGACAGAAAUGUAGGAGAUAAAUACAAGGUAGCCUAUUUGGUUCCAAGAUAUCCACUAGUUGGGGGUUGGAAAUCUGCUUUCAACACAGAGUACUCACAUCCAAUUUUGGGCAACCCCUUGGAGAUUUUAUUGCCUCAUUCGAUUCUUUUAUAUACAGAAUCGUACAAAGUCAUAAUAGAAUUUCCAAUAGGCUCUUGUGACAUAAUCGUAACCCCUCCAUCUGGAAUAAAGUGUAGAGUAGAAACGGUAAAAAGACAUAUUCUUGGUCUCGAAUUUGAGAAAAGCAUUGCAACUUUGCAUAUAGAACGCAUGUUCCCAAAAAAUGUAGAGCAUUUCCCAUAUAUUCGAGUGGAUUACAGGAGGACUUUCUGGUGGAUUCCUAAGCUCAUAUGUACUGCCACAAUUCACCUUUUCCUUUUGUACAUCAUAUGUCGCAUAUUUUUGGGAUUUAGGAGAAAAUUGGAAUCUCUAUAA